GCGAGGCUGAUCCUUCYAGAUAUGAGGAAUACUACUCAAUUCUUCAAACAUUUGUGGAAAAAUCUCUGGAUAUCAACAAGCCUGAGCUUGCUAUGGUACUAUAUCCACUGUUUAUACACAUGUAUUUAGAACUUGUUUACAAAGGCUAUGAAAAGAAUGCUCAGUCAUUUUUUGCAAAGUUCAGAAAUUGCCAAGAAGAUUAUCAUGAAGAAGAUAUUGUWAAAUUAUCAUCAAUAACUAGACGACAACAUAUGGACAAAAGUGAAUUUAUGGCAAUACUUAGGAGCAACAAAUUUGUGAUAAAAAUGUCUAGGGAUACUUACCAAGUAUUAAAAAAGUAUUUACAGGACACUCAACUAGAGACCCUCUUYACAGUUAUCCAACAGCAUCUUCACUUUGAUGUGUUCGAUGGACGUCCUAGAAAUAAACAAUCAAUUGAUGCCACAUCAGGUGGAAUUACAGGGGAUGCAACAUUUGAAGCAAAUAAGACUAAAGUGUUAUAUGGUAUGCAGCCUGAACCAGACUUAGGAAUUACUUUGGAUGAUGACAACGAAGAUGAAGAAGAUAAAGACAAACCAAAGAAAAAGAAACCUAAAAAGGAAAAUGGUCCAGGGAGAAAGAAGUUUGAAUUCAACCCAAAUGCGCCUCCCCUUAGCAGAAUCCCUUUCCCUGAAUUAAAAGACAGUGACAAAAUGCAUAAAGCUCAGGUUUUAAAGGAGAAAGCAAAAAGACUAAAACUUGAUGCAGCRACACUGCCGUCAAUAUGCUUUUACAGUGUUCUUAACUCUCACGAAGGGUAG